CGCACUGAAAGGGGUGGAGAAAUCAUUUGUACUUUCAUUUGAUACAAGUUCGCUGCACUUUACAGGGAUAUCUUUAAGCAGCUUUCCCUCACAUCUUUAAGAUCAUCCACAAAGUGAUCCAGCAUGGCUGUGCAUCAGAUCCUCCUGGAUUGUUUGGAUGAACUGGUUUCUGAGGAGUUGGACAGAUUUAAAUGGCACUUAACUCAAGGAAUACACGACUUCAAAAUUCCCAAAAGCCAGUUGGAGAAGAAAUCAAGGUGUGAUAUUGUUGAGUGUAUGAUCCAGCGUUACAGUCCUGAUGGAGCUGGGAAACUCACUCUGCUCGUUCUGGAAAAGAUGAAUCAGAUGAAUAAUGCAAAAGAGCUGCGGGAGAAGCUAGGUCAUAUGGAUACACUGCAGUCCAAACAUACUGCUGAGGCUGGUGCACCACAGAAACAAGAGAGAUGCAAACUUGGCGCUGAGUUCGUGGACAAGCACAGGACAGUGUUGAUCCAACAGGUCUCACUGGUGGAGCCCAUUGCAGACGACAUGAAACCUCUGAUUGGCGACGAAAAAUACCGUAUGGUCUUAAACUCAGGAACACCACCAGCACAAAUGAGAGCUCUACUGAAUUUCCUGAGCACAACUAAACUGAAAGAGAAGCUUUACCAAAGUCUUAAAAUACAUGAGAAAUUCCUUGUUGAUGAUUUGGAGUGUUCCGAUUAGAUGGCUUUGAUUUGGCUUUUUGUCAUUUAAGGUAUACAAUAUAACGAAAUCGGUUUCCAUUGCAAAUGACAAACAUGUUUUGGUAACAUCCUGUGCAUGCUGUCCUUGUUUGCUUAUUUGAUCUUUAAUAAAAUAUCUAAAACUCUCUA